AUGAGCAUUUGCUGCCGAUACGUUUUAGAAUCAGGGAUAAGAGAACGAUUUCUUGGUUUUGUACAAUUGACUAAGCUGGACGCAUUAGCUCUGGCAAACAAAAUACAACAUUUUUUAAACCACAUUGGGCUUAAUACUCAGCUCUGUGUCAGCCAGUCUUACGACGGAGCAUCCGUUAUGUCUGGAAAAUUUUCCGGUGUACAGGCAUUAGUGAGGGAAAUUACGGGAAACCCCUGCCCAUAUGUACACUGUCAUGCUCACAGGCUCAACCUAGUUCUUGUCGAUGUAAGUAAACCUGUACAGUCCGUUGGUGAUACUCUCGGCCUGUUAGAAGCAAUAUAUGCUUUCCAGUCUGCUUCAACUUUACGCAAUGAAUUGUUCUCAUUUGAAGUAAAAACUAAAAGUGGGACCAAGAAGUUGAAAGUUCCCCAGCAUAGCGACACAAGAUGGGCCUCAAAGUACAAAGGAGUUAACUUUUUCAAAACCCAGUUUAGCUCAAUUGUAGUGGCACUGCAAAAAUGUGCUCAAAAUAAAGCUAAGCCAAGAGAAGCUGCAGAAGCUAAAGGCCUCCUCACCCAAUUUCGUUCUUUUGAUGUAAUUUAUUUUUUUGUUUGCUUAGACGAAAUUUUAUGCUACCUAAACAUACUUUCCAAGCAACUACAGUCAUCAAACAUUGACAUUGGGAAAAGCUUAAGACUUAUUAAAGCAACAAUAGAAAGUCGUAUGUAA